UGCUCGUGCCAUUCAGCGAUUCCAUUUAACUUAAUUCACAUCAGUUACGUUUACACUCUGUUGAUUUCUGACGGCAGACCACACUUUGCUUUUGAUACCUGCCUUACGUUAGUCUCGAACCGCAGCUUGUGUCAAAAACAAUUAUUUUGCAUAAAACAAGUUUUCGGAAUCAUCAGGAAAAAAAAAUGGCAACAAUACUUUGGUACCAACGUACAAAAUCGGACAAAAUAACGCGCUUUUUUUCAGCACGACUGUGAAAUGUUUUCAUGUUUCAUUUGGUCAGUGCUGUUGGAAGUUUUGUGAUGAACGUUGCUAAUUAAAAGUGAGAAAAGGCGAAUGAUUACUAAGUGUUAGUUAUGACACUUUAUUAUCACGAGUGCCAGUGUUACGAGUGUAAAGGUGGCGAUUUACAGUUUAUAUUUGGCUACCCUCUAUAUCCUCCUCAUCUCUAUUUACGAAGAAGUUCCAAGUUUAAUAAUUGUAGCAACAAGUUAAAAAGAGUUGCGAAAAAAUUCGAUCAUUUCACAGUGAAAACCAUCAGGUUGUGUAAAACGUGCGGGUCAUGGUUCACAUACGUAGAAACGGUGCUAUGCACUAUUUCCCUGUCAGCUGGUCUGGGAAACGUUUACAGACUCACACAGACCACACUGAUCGAAGGCGGUCUUCCCUUCCUGUUAGCAUACGUAAUACUAGCGCUUUUCCUAGGAUUUCCAAUACUGUUUUUAGAAUUAGGUUUAGGCCAGUUGGUCCAAGAAGGUUUCACCAAGACUUGGAGAGCUGUGCCUGUUUUAAAAGGUGUGGUAUUUUGGAAUAAUUCAGGUGUUCUUUUCUACAAAUGUAGGAAUGGGACCAUUUGUUACGAAUGCGGGAAUAAUUUAUAACAAAGCCAAUGUAUUCUGGAUUGCACUGUCGUUGACAUUUUUGAGUCUGAUCUUUGGAAUUUCCUCCAUAGUGCUAACAUAUACUAUAUCAGGAAAUUUAAAUUUAACCCUCACCGGUAAUGACAUUCCAGAAGUACAUCUCCUUGCUAUAGUAUACAGUACUGCUCUACAACAUUCUAAUGGAGCAUCUCAAUUUUGGUCAAUCAUAGUUUUAAGUGUUCUCAUUUGCUCAGGAUUAAUAAGCAUGAUAACUAUACUGUUUGCAAUCCUUAAAGCAGUCCGUGUAGAAUCUAGAAAGGGGUGGUCGUGGUGGAGGUGUUUAGUACUUGCAAGCGUUACCGGAAUAAUUUUUGGAAGUACCAUUUUACUGGUCCCAGAAUUUAAAAUUGUGAGAUUGCUAGACCACUAUAUUAUAGGAAACAUUAUAAUCCUCUGUACAAUACUUGAAAUAGCUGCCAUUGUAUCAUAUUAUGGUACAAAGCGUCUUCGAUUAGACUUUGAAUUUUUAUUAGGAUCUAAACUUCCAGUUUUAAACAUAAUUUUAUGGUGGAUUAUACCAAUAGCUUUAUUGAUUAUAUUUAUAUGGGCUUUAGCAGCAGUAAAUCUUAUAGGCACUAUAAAUGAUGACCCAUUAUGGCUUUAUUCUACUGGAUGGGCUUUAGUAGGAGCAUCUCUAAUUUUUAUUGGUAUUAUUGCUAUUUAUCGAAUUUCCAAACAAGACGAAUAUUACACCUUUAACGACAAAAUCAAAGCGUCAACGAAACCCCUGCGUAAGUGGGGUCCCAUUGAUCCCAUCAUGAGGUACAACUGGGUUCAGUGGCAUAGCAAAGCUAAAAAGGGGGUUCGUGAUUUUACCCUAAAACGUCGAGGCACAAGGGAUUAUACCCAUUCGGUUAAAAAGAACAAACUAACUCCACCAAGAAACUUCGCCCCUUUAAGUCAAAUGACGGUAGCUAGAGAAUCUCCAGCAUUGUUUCGUACCAAUGGGUCGCCUUCAGUUUUCCAUAACAACGACCUUAAUCAAAACAAUAUCCGUUUAAGUACCACAAGUUCACAGUACAUUGAACCUCUAAGCACUGAAGAUUAUGAAACUCCUGUCAGUAAACCCCAAACAAAACUAGGUCAUGUUGAAGAUUAUGAUGACCAAUUAAGAGUUACAUAUUGCUUUGAUGCAUUAAAUCAUCCAGGCCGAAAUAACGGUAUUAUUAAUAAUGCCUUUGAACCAAAGAUUAAUAAUGGAAUGGAUCUGGAAAAGACUUUAAAGAAUCCCUUGUCCAAUCCCGAUUAUAUGCACCACGAAAAUAGCAGUAGUCCUUCAGAAGGUUACGGAACUUUCAAAAAUAGGCCCUACAUAAUUGGUGACGAGAUGGAACAUUACACCUACAGAAGAAGUAGUGAGUUUGAAGAAUCAACUGAACUCUAAUUAAACGUAACUUGCAUAUUAUAUUUAAUUGCGAGCUCUGAUACGUACUGUAUAAUUUUUGUAAUAAAUUAUGUACAAAAGUA